AUGCAAAUCAGCCGCCCCUCCAUUUUAACACUCGCACUUAUUUUGGCCGUCGCUCAUUCAACUACAUCCCACCCUAUCCGAACUAGCAAAUGGGUCAAAACAGAACAAUUCCCAGAUCCUAACGCCCAGAGGAUAUGGAAGGUGUUUGAGAAAGAGGGAUAUGAUCUAUUACCCGACCCACCGCACGUCAAAUACAACGGGAACCCAGCAUGGCCUACCAACCAAAGCAACGAACCGGCAGAGCAAGACAUACCAAACAAUCGCUAUAAAACUGAAACUUCCGAAUCGGGGAAACCAACGGUCUUGAUCCUGAUCCCGGCAUCCCCAGAAAUACCCGAACCAAUGCACAAGCCCUACGACCAACAAACGGAUGACAAGCAACAAAACCAAUCCCCAGAAGACAAGGAGAUCCCAAUCAAUUCACCCGCUGCCCAGAGACAAGGCCACUACAACGAUGUUCUACAAUACCUGCACACAAAAAACACCAUAAACAAUGAGCACAUACACACCACGCCUGCACCUUUCUCACACUCGUCAUCGGACCAUUCAACCUCUUCUUUUGCAUCCCGCUUCUCUUUCACGACUCUAAGAUCAAAAGCCACGACAUUCCCGCAGUAUCCUUUUCCGGAAGGUUUACCGACAGUGAUUAUUCUCCUGGUGAUGGUUUGGAUUGUUAUUUUCAUCAUCGGGUUGCUUGAAUUGGGGGAUUAUCUUUGGAGACGGAGAAGAGAGACUUUGGCUAGAGAAGGUGCUCGGCAUCUGCAUAGUCAGGAUCCAGAUGUGGGUUUGGAUGAGACGAUGAAGGUGCCCUUGAGAAUAGUAAUUGCUCCUUCAGAAAGCAUCCGGCCACGUUGUAUGGGAGGACAUGGGUAUGAGUUCCUAGAGUCCGUUCCAAGUGACUACGACUCCGACUCAGGCUCGGAAUCCGAUGAGGAUGAUUAUCGCAUCUUUUGA